CGAUGGGGGCGUGGCCUGGCGGCGGCCGUGGCGUGAGGCGGCGGCAGCGCCAUGUCGAUGGAGGACCCCUUCUUCGUGGUGAAGGGGGAGGUGCAGAAAGCCGUGAACACUGCCCAGGGGCUCUUCCAGAGGUGGACUGAGCUCUUGCAAGAUCCCUCCAUCGCCACAAGAGAAGAGAUCGACUGGACCACUAAUGAGCUCAGGAACAACCUGCGGAGCAUCGAGUGGGACCUGGAAGACUUGGAUGAAACCAUUAGCAUUGUUGAGGCAAACCCGCGGAAAUUCAACCUCGAUGCCACGGAGCUGGGGAUCCGCAAAGCCUUCAUCACCAGCACACGGCAGGUGGUCAGGGACAUGAAGGAUCAGAUGUCAAAUUCUUCCAUGCAAGCACUGGCUGAAAGAAAAAACAGGCAGGCACUCCUAGGAGAGAGUGGGAGUCAGAGUUGGAGCUCUGGACCUGACAAAUACAGCCGUCUGGACCGGGAGCUGCAAUUAGCAAAUUCACAUUUCAUCGAGGAGCAGCAAGCUCAACAACAGCUGAUUGUGGAGCAGCAGGAUGAGCAGUUGGAGCUGGUCUCUGGCAGCAUCGGGGUGCUGAAGAACAUGUCCCAGCGCAUUGGCGGGGAGCUGGAAGAGCAAGCAGUGAUGCUGGAUGACUUCUCCCACGAGUUAGACAGCACUCAGUCGCGCCUUGAUAACGUCAUGAAGAAACUCGCCAAAGUGUCUCACAUGACGAGUGAUCGACGGCAGUGGUGUGCAAUUGUUGUCCUCUUCGUCAUCUUACUAGUGGUGCUCAUCCUGUUUUUUGUCCUGUGAUGACAAAAACUGAACUUCCUGGGACGCCCCCUCCCCGCCCCCUCGCCCCGGCAGCGCGGGGAAAUGAAACUCUCCCCGUUUCCGUCCGCCCACAGAGAUCCCCAGCUCUCACCAUCCUCCUCCAAGGACUGCGGCUCGGCUGCGCCGGCAUCUCCCCUGGCCCCGGGGCGAGGGGGUGGAGGGCUGGAGCCGCCUCCUCCCCUGCUGCGGUGCACUCUGGACCCGGGCUCCGGGUCUGCACCCACGGAGCUGGAGGGGGACCCGACCCCCGCGCUUCCACGCGGUGCAGGUAGGAGCCGCUGGGAGGUGGACACAGAGCAGCGAGCCCUGGGGAGGAAUUACUGAAUUCACUGAGCAUUACAAACUGCAUUGCCAGUGCCAGCCCCAAGCAUUACUGGGAAGGGUGAAACCCUCCGAGCUACGGCCAGCGAGGGGAGCCCUGGCCCUGCUCCCCCUGCCCCUCCCUGCCUUCUGUGGGCAGGCUCUAUAGCACCAAUUCACUGCCAAGAGAGAGCAUGGUGAGUCCUACCAGAGCUUUCCUACCCUCUGCAGUGGGCAGAGGGCAGAGCUGUAGGGUUUUGUGUCCUGCCAUCAGCCACCCAGGCCCCGUCAGACACCCCAGAGCUUCAACCCUGGGGUGCUGCACACCGAACGCUGGCAAUCAGCCGUGAGCCAGAGAGGAAGAGUCUUGAAGCUUUUGAACUUGCCUCCCUCAUUAUACAGGCCUCUAAAGCUCAUUGACUGAUGCUUUCUUUGCCCUUGUAUAACUGAGUCACUGCUUCUGUUUAACAGCUGCUUCCCUUUGGCAAGUGAUUUGUCAGGCCUAAAAUAACUUAUUUUUUUUAAGAAAAAAAAAAACUUUAAAGAUUUUUUUGAUGAGCAUUAGAGCCAUGUUCUCUCUGUGGGUGCACAACACACAGGAUCAGAGGAACAGUGCUCGGUGAUGUAUUUUAAGUGUAUAUGAACUUGUAAAUAGGAUGUCUUAAUUUUUCCCAACCCCUAUUUUUUGGACACCUCUGUUGUAAGCAACCAAAAGGCAGGAGAUUCAUAGCUA